CAUUGAUGAAAGAAGCGAAGAUCCUUGGCGUAUUUUCUUCAGGAUUUUAAAAUAAUUAUUUGUCGUUUUGCUGUCUCGAGGAAAAAUAACUCCUUAUGGAGAUACCUGUCGUAGAUCUCAGUGUGUACGAACUGGAAAAGACCAAUGUAUCCGUUGAUAACUUGGAGAAGAUAAGUGCCGAACUAAGAAGGGCCUUUACCGAGGUGGGAUUUGUUUAUCUGAAAAACACGGGCAUAAAUCAGGACGAGGUGGACAAAGUUAUGGGUGUUUCAAAGAAGUUCUUCUGUUUGCCAGAAAGCAUGAAGAAACCUUUCAGCAGGAGCAGUUUCUCGUGUAAUGGAAACCACGGCUGGGUUUCGGUAGAAACGGAAAGUUUGAAUCCUCGACGUCACGGUGAUCUGAAGGAGGCGUUUAAUACAGCAUCUUUGUGCUCGGAUAUAAAUUGGCCUUCAGAAGGAGUUGAUGAUUUUCGAGAUGUGCAAGUAUCAUUUUUCCUGCGCUGUAAGGAACUUUCUCUCAGAGUGCUCCGAUUGAUGGCUCUUGGUUUGGGCCUGGAAGCAGAGGUCUUUCUCAGUGCACAUAAGCAUAUUGGAAGUGAUGUGAAUGGAACGACACUACGGGCUCUGUACUAUCCUCCGGUGAACAGCACAUGUGUGAAGGGAAAUCAGCUGCGCUGUGGUGAACACUCUGAUUAUGGGAGUAUCACUUUGGUCUUCCAAAGCCCAGAGGGUGGACUGCAGGUCCUGAACCGGGCUGGUGAGUACAUUUCAGCCCCCAGCAUUCCUGGAACAGUUCUGAUUAACAUAGCAGACCUGAUGCAAAGGUGGACCAGCGAUGUCUAUGUGUCUGCCGUUCAUAGGGUUUUGCUGCCCCCUGCAGGUGACUCUGGCACACGUCAGUCUUUGGCCUUCUUUGUACAACCAGAUGAUGAGGCCAUCAUUUCAUGCUGUGAUGGAUCAGAUAAAUAUCCUCCUGUUAAGUCAGUUGAUUACCUUUUAUCAAGGUUCAAGGAUUCUUACGGCAAAAAAUAGAUCCUUAAUUAAGUGAAAUUUUUUGAUUUUGUAUGUUUGAAAAAAAAAAAUGAAGUGAUAAUCAGAGCACAGUUGGUGAACCAUAGAUAAUUUAAUACAUUGUAGAGUGGUAAAGCACAGUCAAAAAAGAAAAAAAAUCCAUACCUAUUUCAUGCUUAAAGGGUUAACUAUCCCUUUAAUUAUAUUUCUGUAUAUUUUAUAAAUUUAUUCAUUGUUUACAGUAGAACACUGGUUGAAAACCAUAAUGAAUUAAAAUAAAACAGCUUGAAAAAAAAUCACUAGUGUUGCAGUAGUAAUUCAUCAACAUUUUCAGAAACUUUAUUAAAAGACCCUUGUAAAUCAAUUUAGGAUUCACUUUCAA